AUGGAUUUUCCAAAGAAGUCUAAAAAAGCACAAAGCAGUUCUAUUCUUGGCCAAGAUUCCAACCAGUCCUCAAAGCUAAAGGCCACAAUAGCAUCUCUCGUUGAAGAAAUCCAUUCAAAAAUGGUCGCCAAUUUAUGGCAGAUGUAUUACGAGUUCAGCUCUUUCAUGCCAAUUAACUAUAAAGAAGUCAUAGACGACCCUUACGAAAUUUGAACUACAUACUUACCACAUGAAAUUGAAAAAUACGAAAAAGACCAUUUUUCAGGUGAGAUAACACUUUGGAAGCCUGGCAAUAUUAUAGAUCAUAGCAUGAUGUCAGCAUUCUGAAAAUCCUGUGAUAUCUUUGAAGGUGUAAGUCAGGUGCCUUGGAGAUUUAGGGUUUCUGAAAAAGCUUUCGAUAAAAUCAAGGAUUCUUGUCGAGAGCUAAAAGUUGCACUCCUUAAAAAAAUGAUAUAGGGAUUUUGGUAUUUUAAGAUUUUAUGAGGGGAUUUUUGGAUAGAGUUUAGAAUUUUCGUGCCAAAAGGGAAAAAGCAUUAAAGAAAAAUUUUUAAUAUAUGAUAGAAUUUAGCCUUGGGUUCAUAUUAGAGGGCUAUAAUUGCGAGAUAAUAAGAACUGGUCCUUGCAUAGGGAUGGUAUUUUUUAGUUUCCCAUUUAUUGACUCCCUCCUUUAAAUUGAAACAAAAAUAUUUUCCCAAUUUAAAGGGGGGCUAAUUUUAUUUUUAAAAAACUAAUAUAGCCGGGAACGGCUAUACUAAAAUUUUCUCAAGAAAAAAACUAAAUUGAACAAUAUUUAAUUUUCAUUUAUUUUUAUAAAGAUUUAAUUUUAAAUUUAAUCGAAUUAGUGUAAAACUGUUUAAAAUGCAUUUUAUCUGCAUUUUUCUAUUAAAUUAAUUUUAUAAAAAUUUGUAAUUUCACCUAUAAAAUUUUCUGAUUGAAAAAUUAUUAAAGGAGUUUAAAAUACCAAAAAUGGAAAUUUUUUAUAUAUUUUGCUCCAAUUUAAAAAGGGGAGUGAGGAAGAUUAUGAUAGUUUUAAUUCUAAUAUUCAAUGACAUGGAAUUGCUGCAUGCAUAGUUGAGAGAAUUCCUGUGAUCAAAGACCACAAAGUUAUUGAGUACUCAUACGAGCAAUACAUUAAAUUGCUUUCUGUAGUCGAUAAUACUAACUUAGUUCCCAACGAAGUAUACCAUUUUUAAUAUAUUUUUAAAAAAAUUCUUAAUUCUAAAUCUAUUCAUAUGCAAAAGAUAUAGAUAAUUUUUGUGAUGAUAUCAGAGAAGAUCCUGACCGAUGGCUUGAGUAUUCUGACUGAAUUGGGUGUUUAGGCAUUAAUAAUCAAUGAAGAAAUGCUAUGGGCAGGUUUUAUCCUAUAAUAAUUCCGCAGCUAUUUUUAACUGAAGAAGAGUCAAACAGUAUAGCAUUCGAUGCAGGGAUUAGAAGGUGGAUAUGAACUGACCCAGAUAUUUUGGAAAAUUGAGAAAAAAAAGAAAAGUUCAAAAAUAAUUUAGUCAAGCUUUUAAGUGAAGAAAAUAGCUGCAAAGACUUUAUUAGAUUGCUGAAAACACUUCCAAAUAUGACUUUAAAAUUAACAGAUGAAGAAUUAGAGCUUAUAAGCACUCCAGGAAAUGUUCUUACCAUUGGAAGGUCUGGGACAGGGAAAACUACUUGUUCAUUGUUGAGGAUGUUUUCGGCUGAAAUUUUGUUUCGAUAUAAAAUGCAAAAAAAUAAAAAAUUAAAAGCUGAAGAUAUAGAUAAUCCAUUACAUAUUCAUAAUUAAUAUUGUGGCGGCGACUAAAUUGGCCUUGACGAUGAUGCAUCAAUCUAGUCGCAAAAGUCACUUUAUAGUCUAAACUAGGGUUUAGGCCCUUUAAUUAUAACUUUGCCCAUCUCGUGGUUGAACUUGUGGGUUGUGUAAGCUUUGGGAGUCAGCUGGUGGUAAAUCCAUAAUCAAGUAAUGAUUAUUUGGAUGGAUUUUGGGCUAGGGUUUUUCUUUCCGGCUCCGGAGGGCAUAACUUUUAUUUUCCUGAGUCUCACUCUCCCAAAGGUGGUCAGCAGGAGAUAUCGGACUCACCUUAACCUCCAUAGAGCCUGAUGGCGCACUGGCAGGGAAUCUUCAUAACCCGUUGGGACUCUUGGGGAUCACAGUGCAAAUCCUGCUACGAGAGGAGACUAUUGUUUAAAUAGCGGCUAAAUUCCCGCCUGAGAAGCAGGUUGGAGUUAGUAUGAAGCGUGCGGAGACAUCAAGUCUAGAAGGAUUUAAGACUCUUAAUUUAAUUUAAUUUACCUCUUCAUUUUGUUUUUGCCACUGCUUCUCCAGUCCUUACUAAUGAAGUCAAAAUUUAUUACAAAAAACUCAAAAAAUUAAUAAAAAAUGGCCUCAAAUCAAAAGAGAAACAGCAAAAUCUAGAAGAAGAAAAAGAAAUAGAAUUAAAAAAGGAAAAUCCUCAGCUCACACAAGUUGAAGAAAUCGAAAAAGAAAUAAAUACAGGCCCACACUCAAUGAAAUUGCUUACCCUUCCCCUUUUGCGAACUAACAAAUUUUUUCACUAAUAGAGGGUUAAUUUUUUUUCAAAAAUUCCCAAUUGGAAAGCAAAAAUCAAUUUCCUUUGUAAAAUUUAUGUUUUAAAUGCAAGGUGUUUAAAAUUCAACAGAAUUAUUAGGAUUGCAAUACACUAUUUAUCAUUUAUAAAACAAAAUAUUUAUCUUAUAAAUUUGUUUUUUGUUCGCUAUAUAGAGGGAGUUAAAAACGAGGAUUUCCCAUUAUUCGCUACUAUAAGAAAACUAGUCUUAAUGAUAGAUGGUAGCCUAGAAAGGCCCUUUUUCUCCAGAGACAAAAACGGUAGAGUAAUAGGUUCCUCCUGCAAUUUCGAAUGGCACAAUGAGCAAAAGGGAGCCCUUGAAAUAAGCAAAGACUAUAAAAAGAAAAAAAGAGAACAGUCUGAAUUUAUCAGUGAUAGCGAUUCUGAUGAAGAAUAUAAUAAAUACUAUGAGACAGAUUGAGACGAAAGCCAGCGACAAAUAAGAAGCUGGGAAAUCGAUUUCGCAGCUUUUUCUGAAAGAUUUUAUCCCAGCUUGACGUGGAAAAAUAAAUUUUCACCGUUGAUUUUGUGGACAGAAAUUUCUGCUUAUAUUAAAGGCAGCCCAAAAGCAUAUUUGUCAAGAGGUUUUUACCUAAGCCAAGAAGAGUAUCUUGAGUUAGGUAGGAAAUCAUCAAUGCUGUCAAAAGAAGAAAAAGUUGAGGUAUAUAGAGCUUUUGGGCUCUAUGAGGACUGGAAAAGGAGCGUCAAUGGGUAUGAUUUCCAGGACCUUGUGAAUUAUAUUUUGUGCGAAAUCCACUAUCAUGGGUAUAAAGGGAUCCCAAUUCAUUAUAUGAUGAUUGAUGAAGUCCAAGAUUUGACGUCUGCGACUCUGAACUUGCUUAUGCAGGUUACAGACCAAAAAUUAUAGGUUUUCUCUUUAUUUGGCCAGAAAAAGGCAAGCUAUUUUUUCUUAUAGGCAAUCCAAGGGAAACCCUUAUAGUUUUUUCAGGAGACACCGCCCAAACAAUCGCAAAAGGUGUUGGCUUUAGAUUCUGUGACUUAAAAAGCUUGUUUUUUGAGGCGUCUAUGACGCCUCCUACAGUCCGACAACUUACAAUUAAUUUCAGAUCUCACAACCAAAUCUUAGAGCUCGCAAAUUCAGUUGUGGCUCUAUUAGAAACUUUAUUCCCGCUGACUAUAGACAAGAUGGGUAAAGAAAAAAGCUUAAAAGAUGGCCCACAUCCUAUUAUCAUUAACAGUGGAAAUCCUGAAGAUUUGCUAGAAGUUUUGUAUUGCAGUAGUGAAGAAAAUCCUCAAUUGUCAAAUAUACAGUUUGGCUGCAGCCAAGUAGUCAUUGUAAGAAAUCAAAGCUCAAAAUUUAAGCUUCCCUCAUCAUUAAAUACAGCUCUCUGCCUGACUGUUUAUGAAGCAAAAGGGUUGGAGUUUGAUGAUGUCAUUCUUUAUAAUGUUUUUACUGAUUCAGAGAUGCCUGUUAGGUGUUGGAAAGCUCUAUACCAUUUUAUUAUUAAAAAUAAGGAUUAUGGUAUUUUUUAUAUAAAUUAUUAG